AUGGAUCGCCAAGUGGUAGGAAGGGGCCGCGGGAGACCCACUAGACAACAUCCGGAAGCGGGUAGAGAUAGAGAGCCCGAGGUCAAUCCAGACCAAAGGCAAGAGGGUGGGGCCGGAGACGGAGUGGCCACCGCUAUUAACCGUAUCACUGACGUCCUAGAGCGCUUGACUGAACACCAAGCUGCUGGACCAGGGCGCCAUCAGGGAGGCCCAGUCGAUUCCGAUGAUCGGGCAUUGGAAAGGUUCCUGAAGUUUGGACCUCCCAAAUUCCAUGGAGGACCUGAGCCGGAAGUGGCCGAAGGCUGGUGGGAGAGGAUCACUGAGAUCUUCGCCGCCCUAAACUAUACGGAGGAGCGAAAGGUGGCUUUUGCCACCUUCCAGUUUGAGGGAGCUGCUCGCUCCUGGUGGAACCUAAUGAGGGUCCAUUGGGAGACUAACCAUACACCACGGACUUGGAUGAACUUCACAAGGGAGUUCAAUGCCAAAUUCCUGCCGCCUCUCAUUCAAGAGAAGAGAGAGGACGAUUUCAUUCGAUGCAAGCAAGGGGCGAUGAGUGUCGCCGAGUAUGAAAUCCAGUUCACAAAGCUAUCCCGCUUUGCACCUGAGUUGAUAGCCACCGAGCAGAGGCGUGUUCGGAGGUUUGUGCAGGGUUUGAAUGUAGAACUACAGGAAAGUUUAGCCGCGGUGAGGAUAGAUACUUUCGCAGAUGCUGUCGAAAGAGCUCAGAGAGUUGAAGUAGCUAGAGCUCAAGUGAAAUCCUUUCAAGCUAAGAAAAGAUUUAACCCCAGCAGUAGUCGAGAGCCGACGUAUGGAAAUACUCCACCGGCUAAAGUGGGCCGGGGAACUGGCGGAAUGACUAGUCCCGGAGCACCGCGAGGUGCACUAGCAAGGGGAACCGGGGCAAGGAAUGCAGGGGGAAGAAACAAUGGAUUUAGAGGGGGACCGAUUGGAAGAGGACAACCUAGAAAUACCUCGCAAGGAGGCCGAGCCAUAAUUCCCCAAAUGACUUGUGCAUACUGUAAGAAACCUGGCCAUACUAUGGAUAGCUGCUGGAAGAAGCAAGGAAAGUGCCUGAAAUGCGGAAGCAGCGAGCACCAAAUUUCUGGGUGCUCAAAAAUGCAGGAAGGGACUACUUCGAAUGCUAGACCAAACACUUCUGGAGGGAGCCGGCCGACAGUUCCUGCCAGAGUGUAUGCUUUAGGAGAUCAACCUGUACCUAAUGCCUCGGAAGUGGUGGAAGGUACACUCCCGAUCUUUCACCGAUUAGCUAAAGUAUUGAUUGACCCUGGGGCAACCCAUUCUUUCGUUAAGCCAUCCUUUAUGUCUGGAUUAGAUGUGCAACCUGUUAGAUUGCCCUUUGACCUUGAAGUUAGGACACCCAUGGGUAAUAAGAAUGUAAUCACUAGCUUGGCUUAUAGGAAUUGUGAAUUCUGGAUUGGAGAGCGUAAAAUGCUAGUGGACCUGAUUAGCCUAGACAUAAAAGGUUACGAUGUUAUAAUAGGAAUGGAUUUUCUAGGUCAUUAUCAUGCUAAACUUGACUGUCGAGCAAAAGUAGUGGAAUUUUGUAUACCUGGUGAAGCAACCCUGAGGUUAGAUGUUAAGGGUAGGUUAGCAUCUUCUGCUAUGAUCUCAGGAAUUAGAGCAAGGAAAAUGUUGUCUAAAGGAGCGCAAGGUUUCUUAGCUUUCUUGAUAAACGCUCCCAGCGAUCAAGUGAAGCUGGAGGAUGUACCUGUGGUACGAGAGUUUUCGGAUGUGUUCCCUGAAGAGCUUAAGACUCUACCGCCGGAAAGGGAGGUGGAAUUUAAGAUUGACUUGGUACCUGGAACGGCUCCGAUUUCUAAGACCCCGUAUCGAAUGGCUCCUGCCGAGCUAAAAGAAUUGAAAAUUCAACUGCAAGAUCUGUUGGAGAAAGGUUUUGUGAAGGAGAGUGACUCACCUUGGGGAGCACCCGUCCUAUUUGUAAAGAAAAAAGAUGGAAGCUUGAGGCUGUGUAUUGAUUACCGAGGGUUAAAUGAGGCUACAAUUAAGAAUAAAUACCCUCUACCGUUGAUUGAUAGCUUGUUCGACCAACUGCAAGGGUCAGUGGUCUUUUCUAAGCUGGAUUUGAGGCAAGGGUAUUAUCAGUUGAAGAUCAGGAAGGAAGAUAUACCCAAGACUGCUUUUAGUACAAGAUAUGGACAUUUUGAGUUUGCAGUCAUGCCUUUUGGAUUGACCAAUGCACCAGCUGCUUUCAUGGACUUGAUGCAGAGAAUUUUUAAGAAGUACCUGGACCAGUUUGUAGUGGUUUUCAUAGAUGAUAUCUUGAUCUACUCUAAGACUCGUGAGGAACAUGCUAAGCACCUAGAGGUGGUUUUGCAGACAUUAAGAGAGCAUAAACUAUAUGCCAAAUUCAGCAAGUGCGAGUUUUGGUUGACUGAGAUAUCUUUUCUAGGUCACAGAGUUUCUGAGGAUGGUAUUGCCGUGGACCCGGCAAAAGUGGAAGCCGUUAUGAAUUGGAAACAACCAGAAACUCCAACUGAAGUUAGAAGUUUCUUGGGUUUAGCAGGUUAUUAUAGGCGAUUUAUCCAGGAUUUCUCGAAAAUUGCAGGACCUAUGACUGAGCUAACCAAGAAAGGGGCUAAGUUUGUCUGGACCCCGAAGUGCGAGUCAAGUUUUCAGGAACUAAAGAAGCGGUUAACAUCCGCUCCCGUUUUGGUUCUACCUGAUGGAGGUGAAGGUUAUGCUGUAUAUUCCGAUGCUUCCAGAGAAGGUCUGGGAUGCGUUUUAAUGCAAAUGGGUAAGGUAGUUGCUUACGCUUCUAGGAAAUUGAAACCCCACGAGCAAAACUACCCAACUCAUGAUCUAGAACUAGCCGCAGUAAUUUUCGCCUUGAAGAAAUGGAGACACUACUUGUACGGCGUGACUUUUGAGGUUUUUACGGAUCAUAAGAGCCUCAAGUACUUGUUCUCCCAAAAGGAGCUGAAUUUGAGACAAAGGCGAUGGGUAGAAUUUCUGGAAGAUUAUGACUGCUCGAUUAAUUACCACCCAGGAAAAGCCAAUGUGGUGGCUGACGCUCUUAGUAGGAAGGCCCAAGUAGCAGGGUUAAUGGUAAAAGAGUGGGAUAUGUUAGAAGAAAUAAGUGGUUGGAACCCUCGCUUGGAGAAUUUGAAAGUUUUGUUAGGGAACCUAUCAUUGAAGUCACCGUUACUAGAGCGGAUUAAGGAAGCCCAGAAAACAGACCCUAUGAUUCGGAAGAAUUUGGAGAAAGUGCAAAAAGGGGAAACCCUAGACUUCAAGUUAGGAUCUGAAGGGGUAUUGAGGUUUCAAGAUCGAAUUGUGGUUCCGUCAGACGAAGAGUUAAGAAAAGAAAUUUUGGAAGAAUCACAUCGAUCAAAGUAUAUCAUACACCCAGGUGUGACCAAGAUGUAUCAUGAUGUAAAGGAAUUAUACUGGUGGGAAGGUUUGAAAAAGGACGUGGCCGCAUUUGUACAAAAAUGCUUAAUCUGCCAACAAGUAAAAGCUGAACAUCAAAAACCUUCUGGUUUAUUGCAGCCGUUAGAAAUCCCUGAAUGUAAAUGGGAACACAUAACAAUGGAUUUUGUAACGGGCUUACCUAAAAGUCAAAAAGGUUUUGAUGCAAUUUGGGUCAUAGUCGAUCGACUCACCAAGUCUGCACACUUCUUACCUGUAAGCAUGAGUUUCUCAUUGGAAAAAUUGGUCAAGUUGUACAUAGAAGAGAUCCUAAGGUUACAUGGUAUUCCAGUGAGCAUCGUGUCUGAUCGAGACCCAAGGUUUGUCUCGCGCUUCUGGCAGAAAUUUCAGGAUUCUUUGGGGACCAAGUUGAAGUUUAGUACUGCGUACCAUCCCCAAACAGACGGGCAGUCGGAAAGGACAAUUCAGACUUUGGAGGAUCUACUGAGGUCGUGUAUACUGGAUUUUGGAGGUAUGGAGAAUGGUAAUGGACACGCUAAUGGUAAUGGGGUACCUAAUGGACACAUAGAGCCCCUUAGGUCCAUCUCUUACAGACCACGAGGUGGAGGAGCCCAUAUAUGUUACACCCCAGCUGAUAGGCAUCCUCGGUGCCAGUGUAGGGCCAUGUAUGCCUACCCCAAUGAGCUAGUACUAUCCCUGGAUGAUGAGCGCCACCAUCUGAGGGACGCUAACUUCACCAUGACCCAGGAUGUAGAGGAGCUGAGUAUCAUGGUAGAUACCCAGUUCGAUCGUAUAGCCGAUUUGGAGGUUAGGCUAACUGCUGAGCAUCAUUUGCUGGAGGCUGCUCGCUUAGAGAUAGCACGUCAGAGGACGAGGGUGACCCGAUUGGCUGAGAGGAUUCGUGAUAGGAGCGUCGGUAUCAGGGCUGAUGCCGCGAUGAUGAUAGACGAGGCCACGAGCAUCCUUCAGAGUGUCGAGCAGGAGGACCCAGAGGAGGAUCCGGAGGAGGAUCCAGAGGAGGAUCCGGAGGAGGACAUAGCUCCCGAUAGCCCUGCGGAGGGAUAG